AGUUCUAUUUCUCAUUCAUCCUCAGUAAGAAUUGACAUUACACCACCACAACAAACGACAAGGCCUAUUUCAAUAGACGGAAGACACAUAAACAAUUUGACUGAAGUAAAGGCAUGAUGGAAGGAUGUGUUUUACGAUGUAGAAAGUGGAAUACAGUACUAUAUGUUGGAAGUAGGGUCAAGACCAAAAUUUAAUGACAUCGUGCAACAAACUGUAACAAAGGAAGAUUGUGAAUUAUCUGUUAAUUUCUUGGAUACAUAUGUACACGAGGGACAUGCAUACUUCCUUACAAUUAAGGCAAUCAAUAAAGCAAAUCUAGUAACUACAGCAUCCUCAUGGGCAUACAUUUAUGAUAAAUCUCCACCUGUAGCUGGACAAGUUUUUGAUGGCAUUUCAUCAAGUUAUAUAGAUAACAACCAAGAUAUUGAUUUUCAAACUGACACAACUAGAAUUGGCGCCCACUGGGAAGAGUUUUAUGAUCCACAUACAUCAGUUAAAGUUUAUAAAAUUGCUAUUGGAACAUGUCCUGGCUGUGAUGAUGUACUUCAAACUCACGAUGUGGGAAUAAUUUAUGAUUUCAACUUGAAAGGUAUAAAUUUUGAUGUGGGUAUUCGGUACUUUACAACGGUGACUGCCUGUAAUACAGCUGACCUAUGCACCUCUAGUACAUCUGACGGCGUAGUCAUUGACAACAGUCCACCAAAUUCAGGGAAAGUGAAGGAUGGUGCUGAUUACAAAGACAUCAACUACCAAUCAUUAAAGUAUUAUGUAGCUGCAACAUGGCAAGGAUUUAAUGAUCCUCAAUCGGGUUUGGACAAAUAUUCAGUACGAAUAGGAACAAAUGCUGGUGGGAAUGAUAUUGUGUCGGACCGAGAUGUGCCUUUGACAGAUAUCAUUGUGUUCCCAAAUACAUCGACAGAAAUUCCUACUGAAACUAGAAUUUAUAUAACUGUUCGUGCAUACAACAAAGCAGGUCUCUACUCAGAAGCAACAUCAAACGGAUUCCUUGUUGAUGAUACUCCACCAGUUUUCACCAGAAAGCCUGCAUUAUAUAACGAGAUUGGCUCAAUUAUAAAGAACUCCAUUGUGUAUAGAAGUUGUUUUAAAGUCACGUGGGAAGUGAAUGACGAAGAAUCUUUUAUAGAGCGACAAUAUAUAUCAGUCUCGUCCCACCGAGGAGGAGAAAUUAAUACUACUUCAACAAAGCUAAAUGGCAUUGUUCGAGAUUAUACAUAUACAAGACUUGAUCUACAUGACGGUGGCGAGUACUUUGUUAACGUUAUUGCAUGCAAUGGAGCUAAAGUCUGUGUGAAAGAAACAUCGGAUGGCAUUUUAGUAGAUAACACACCGCCUAUAACAGGAAUAUUUGCUAUUCACACUGAUCAUGCUGGAAAUCUUGAUCGUCAUGUUCCUGAAUGGAUGAUGUGGUCAAGAUUCAAAUUAUGGUUAUCAUGGUUAGGAUUUUCCGAUCUCCAUACUGGUAUAGAUUAUUAUAUGGUUUCAGUCGGCAGUGAAUAUAUGAUGGACGAUCUCAAUGGUCAUGGUAGUCCACAAAAAUUUCUCCACCAAGUCACAAAUACCAGUGUUGACAAAGGGGACGAAGGAAAGGUUCAGAUUUAUGAAGUAGAUACAACUCCUCUUGAAGCUGAUGAUUUUGUGUUUGUCAGUAUUUGGGCAGUAAAUACCGUUGGACUGAGAAGUGAUAUGAUACACAAUCAAUUCAAUUUAAUUCCCGGAGGAUCUUUAGAACUAAUAAGACGGUGUUCCUCAAGAACAUGUUUAGGUCAUUGUGUAUGUGCACCUAAAGAUAAAAGAUGUCCUAUAAAGGGAGAUAGCUGUAUAGACAAUACACGUAAUAAUACCAACACAUUAAUAACUGUGUAUGACAUAACUGAUUUACGACAAGGAGAGUCAGAAGAUAUCAAAUUUACAGCAUCACAUGAUACGCUUGCUGCAAGAUGGCGCAUUGUUCAAAUUCAUGACCUUUUGCCAAAGUGGUAUGAAUGGAGUGUUGGACUAACAGAUUCAGAUGAACCAGAAGGUGUAAUUGAUGAUACUGUUGAAAAUAUAUGGCAUCCAUGUGGACAGAUAGAUAACGCAAUUUACACCUUGCCAAGAGGAAAACUUCUCAAUGAAAUGGUAUCUUACUCGUUUUUCGUGAGAGCUUGGUACGACAGCAACACAUUUGCCGAUUUCAAAUCCGAUGGUGUUACGGUCAUGUCAAAACCUUUGACAACAACAAAUUUCAUUGGUGCAGGGGUGAAAGAACAUUUGCCUGGUCACUGGAAGAACGAUAUUGAUGUUAUGUUGCGAGGCGGAUUGUUUUCUUUGUCAUGGCAUGAGGCAUUCAUAAACGCCAACUCAAUUAUAACCAGGUUUCGUGUGUACCUAAGUACUUAUCCAGGAGGACAUGACAUUCAUAAAGUGGACAUUGACUUGCCAGGAGCAAUGACAACUGUAAAUAUCAGCCGUGUCCCUCUUUUACCCAGUGUUUGGUAUUAUUCUAAUGUUGUUGGUUACAGUUAUGCCGGACAGCAUGUUACACUGUCAUCAGAUGGUUUCACUGUAGAUAUAGAUAAACCUACAACUGGAGUUGUCAAUGAUGGAAUUGGGAAAAUAGAAACUGACUUCCAGAAUUCUUCAAAUGUAGUAAGUGCUUCAUGGCAUGGUUUUGGAGACCGUGACUCGGGGAUUUCGAAAUAUUACUGGUGUGUUCAGUUUGACAAUACUAAUUCUGAUUGCGAUAUUUUGCCUUAUCAAAAUGUUGGUAUUCACAGAUCAGUUUCCAGAUCCAUCAAUUCACCGAUAAUAAAUACAGGAACAAAGAUCGUAAGCAAGGUAUAUUCAGUAGAUUUCGUUGGUCAUGUGUCCGACGUUAUUAAAUCAAAUGGUGUUGUGAUCGAUGACACACCACCAAGACCAGUGAAGAUGUUUCUAUCUGAAGAGACUGUUUUAAUGAAUCCCUCUUUUGAAGAGAGCGACACUAAUUUUACAGACAUUUCUAAUACAUCUACGGAGGACAUAUGUGGUCAUUCUAUACCUAUUAAUUGGAAUUCCUCUGACAAAUCAUGCAUGUGUGUGCUUGGAUCCUCUAAAUCUAUUGCUAUGCAUGGUCGAUCAUUUCUAUUUGUCAGAGGAGAUGUUUGGCAAAUACUGGACGAUUUAGAAGUUGAUAGUUCUUAUAAUAUCAAAUUUUUCACUGCGCAUGUUCCUUUUGAUGAUGCAGUUGUUUCGACAAAAGAAGGAUUUGUCAGGUUAGGAAAUGAAAGACAUAUUUUCCUAAUUCACAAAAAGCAAGAUAAGUAUGGAUCAAAACUUGAUGUAUCAUGGCACCCACAUGCAUUUUACUUUACAGUUAAAGAUAAACCUAUCAACAUAACUUUUGGAAGUGCGGAUACAACUACUGGAAUUCUAAUAGACAACAUUCAAGUUUUCAAGGUGGUUAUAUCUGAAGACAAAACACAUCCUGGUCGAGUAUUAUCAAAUGCAGUAUGGCUUCAUGAAUGGUCGUCAAUUCAUGCGUCAUGGCAAUUUAUUGAUCAAGAGAGUCCAAUUGUGGAAUAUUCAUGGGCUAUUGGUUACAAAGAAGGAAGUACAGAAAUACAGAAGUAUACAAGUGUUGGACUAAAUACUUUUGCCUACAAUUACAACAUUUCAUUGGUCCAUACAUCACAAGUGCACGUGACAGUUGUUGCGACUAAUGCUGUAGGACUGUCUUCAAUCGCAACGGCAGAGUCUUUAUAUGUUGAUUUGACUCCACCUCAAAUUGAGUUUGUAUACGAUGGAAUGGGUUAUGAUAUAGACAGUCAAACAACUGAUGAAAUAAUUGCUAAUUGGAAGGUGGAAGAUCCAGAGUCAGGACUGUCACAUUGUGAAUGGGCUGUAGGGUUCAGUGAAACAGGAAAUGAUGUCCAGGCUUUUAUUACAAUAUCUCCUGAACUAACGUAUGUUUCUAAAGUGUUUGACCACACGUUAUUGUCAUCAAGAACAGUUUAUGUGACACUUCGAUGCCACAAUAAUGCAGGUUUACACAGUCUUAGAUCUUCAGAUGGGGUAACGAUAUCAAACAGUCCUCCAUCAGCAAACAGUGCACAACUAGAGAUACUCGACCUGCCAGUAACCGAAUAUCCAAACAAACCACUUUUCCAAGGAAACGUUACAACUAUGAAAUUAAAGUGGUCAGGAUUCGAAGAUGAUUCAGGCUUCGACUCUUACAUUGUUCACGUUGAAAACCAGCAGAAGAGUGUGUCCCUUUCGAGGACAAUACUAUACGAACACAGUGGAAUGGUGUACUGUAGUUUGAGGGGCUUUGAGCUACACGAUGAGCCAUUAUUAGCCACGGUUUCAGCAAUCAAUUCUGCAUUUCUAUCAAGUAAACCUGUAACUACCAAUUUAACAAUCUUCACGAAAACUCCUAUUGCUUCAGACACAACAGGGGUAGAACUUUCGGAGAAGAAUCGUACACUGACAGUUACAUGGAAUAAAGUUUUCACGCCCCCCUUCUCUCUAUUUUAUGAAGUGUCGGUUGGAACAGCUUUUCAUGGAGCUGAUAUUAUUCAGUGGCAAGAGACAACACAUGAAUUUCUAAAAAUGCAUGUUCCUGUACGUGUUGAAAUUUCCAAAGGAAUGUCCAUAUAUAUAACAAUUACAGCUGUUGGCAUGAAUGGACUAUAUUCAACUAAAAGUGUUGUGCUCAAACUUUAACAUAUCAACAAUAACUCAGACAUUUUGUAUUUAUGAAGUGUAUUUAAGUCUUUUGUAUAUAUCGCUUGAUUUUUCCAUCUACGGUAUUUUUGUAUACUUUUUUUUCAUUAUUGUUGAUAAAUAACAAAACAUCACCAUUUCAGUUGUUGAAGCGAAAUAUCAUCAUUAUUAAUGAAGUUACAAAUUUAAACAAUAAAAUUAUCUAACCCACGAA